CCUCUUUUCACCAACCACAAGGCACAAGGCGGAGAACGAAAAAGACAGACCCUUGAAGAGCAAGAGCGACAACAGAGGACAUCGGCGGUGUGGUGAAGGCGGCAAAACAUCUGGAGACAAUGUCCGAUGUCAAGAACUGAAAAUAUAGAGGACCAGGAGCAACUUCUGCGGCAGUCUGUCCAGUCACUCGCCCUGCUGACACAAACCGGUGGCAAGCACGGACGCGCACACCCACGGCUCGGCGCGCACCAACUCGAAGCUGCAACAUGUUCGAGGAGCAGGUGACAAAGGUCAAGAUCACGUCUGUGGUGAUCGUCGUCGGCAUGUCUGCGAUGCUGGCGGCAGUGGUGACAGAUCACUGGGCCGUCCUGAGUCCCAGGGUGGAGAAGCUCAACGCCACAUGUGAGGCGGCCCACUUUGGCCUCUGGAGGCUUUGCAAGAAGACCAUCUUCAUGGUGAAGGAAGACCCUCAGGGCAAAGGAUGUGGCCCCAUCAGCUUACCUGGAGCAAAAAACUGCUCCUACUUCAAACACUUCACAUCGGGAGAAGAAGCUGAGGUUUUUGAAGUGAAGACCCAAAAAGAGUACAAUAUCUCAGCUGCAGCCAUCGCUAUCUUCAGUCUGUUCUUCAUGAUUCUGGGCACUCUGUGUGUGAUCUUUUCUUUCGGAAAAGGACGAGACUACCUGCUCCGACCUGCCGGGAUGUUCUUUGCCUUUGCGGGCCUUUGCAUUAUCAUCUCCGUCGAAGUGAUGCGCCAGUCUGUCAAGCGAAUGAUCGAUAGCGAUGAGACCAUCUGGAUUGAAUACUAUUACUCCUGGUCCUUUACCUGUGCCUGCGCCUCCUUCACCCUCCUCAUCCUCAGUGGAGCUGCCCUUCUUCUUAUCUCAAUGCCCCACAUGCCUCGUAACCCCUGGGAAACCUGCAUGGACGCUGAGCCAGACACCUUGGAUUAGCCAUGGAUGGUUUUGCAGGRAUCAAUUGUAAACAGAGAUUUAAAAAAAAAAAAAUACGGUUGUGUAUCUUUUAACCCUUUAAUCAUGUAUAGCUCAAGUAAAAGACAUUAAGUUUAUUUAGAAUGAGAAUUAACUUUUUUUAUCUCUUMUUUUUUUCUUCUCUUUUUCAAAUAUUCCAAAAAUUUUAUCUCCACGGGUUUUGAAUUUAAAUUCAGAGUUUUCAUCAAUAUUUAUAGACUACCAUUUUGACAGUGCUUUGCAAAAGUCUUCUUGCCCAGUGAUUUGUUUGACAUCUUGUUGUUUAAAAUUCACAAUUUUAGUGUACUUUUAGGGGAUUCUGUGCGAUAACACCAACACAAUGUAGUCAUUCUUUCAACAAUUUUGGCUAUCAUUUGAAAUAUACUGCAAAUCACCCUGAACUCACCAUGUCCAGCAUGAAACAUGGUGGUGCCAGCAUCAUGCUGUGGGSACSUUUUUUCUUCUGCAAGAACAAACAGCUCCUCAGACUGAACAAUGAAUGGAUUUCUGAAGUUAUUUUGUCUCAGUCAUUUACAUAAAAUCAYMCCAGGACRCUUGAAGUGUCUGGAUGAGUUCAUGCGAARACGAUCACAGAGUGCGAGUACUUUUGUAAGGCACUGUAUUUUCAACAUAGGCAUUUUUACCAAACCAUUCCAAAAUUACCCCUUUAAGUUUCAGUUAAGGCUGUAAAUGCUAUAGCUACGACAUGUAGUGUAGGAAAAUUAAACUGUUUUGUUCGUCCUUCAACUGUAAACRAUGCUUGGGUUCACCUGCAAAUAAUACUGUCACCAUUAGAUAAAGACCUCGUUUAGACAAACUCCUUUUAUCCAGUUGUUUCACGUGUUGUUAGUCACCUGUGCCUAAUGUGUUUCCAUGAGUCGGUGUGGCCCAGCAGACAUUCAGCUAAUGCAGGUGCAGUGAAAUUAAAGACCCCUAAAGGAUGCCAUUUCACAGGGAAAAAAAAUAAUAAUAAUUUUACCGCUGUAAUCAGAACAAACCUGUUAUCAUAGUUAUCACAGUGUGACAUCAUURCAUGGACUAUGAAAAACAAAACAAUUAAAGCACACUGUGCAUGUCUCUUCUGCAAGUAGCAGAUCUAAUAAAUCUAUUUUUUAUCUAAUUAAUAGAUCUAUUAGAGUUAAAGUAGAUCUCUAAGUGUUAAUGUUAUCUAGUAAGAAUUUGAGUGACUACAAAACAAAAAACUUGUWUUAUCUGACGUCUCAUGACAGCAGGCCUAAAGUGAUAUUAUUCAUGUAUGAUUUGUAUUAUCAUUUUUACACMAUAUUAAUAUUUGUCUUUUUCACAAGAAUCAAUUAAAAAUAUUUAA